AUGUUUCAUGGGAGUGAGCGCACUUCUAUAGAACAUUCUACUGAUAAACAAUCUGAAAAAUAUGGAAUAUCCAUCAACGAUGACGAUGUAGAAGUUUUAACAGGAAUUUCAUCCUAUGAUCUUCUUUGUUUGGGUGUUGGUAAAGGUGCUACUGCAGUCUAUUCAAAUCAAGCGAGUAGUUCAUUUGCUCUUCUACAUCGAUCAACAAAUGAAUGUAUUCUUCUCAUUGAUAUUGGUCUUGGUUCAAUUUUUGCACUUCAAAAAUAUUUAAAAAAUCCUAAUAUUAAACCUCGACAAAUAUUCGUUUCUCAUAAUCAUACAGAUCAUAGUGGAGAAUUACCUGUAUAUAUUGCUAAUGAAGCUUUAAAAUCUAUCGUUUGUAUUUAUUGUUAUAUAGGCAUUCAACCUCGUUUACGUCAAAAUCGUUGUGCUGAACUUGAUUCAUCAACAACAGAUCUUUUUCAUAAUGUAAAAUGGAUUAUGUGUGAUGAAUUACAAGAUGUUGAACUUGAUUCAGGAGAUCCAAAUUCGAAAUUAAAAAUACGUGUUCAACGAAGUCAACAUAGUGAAUUAUGUGCUGGUUUUAUUCUUUAUGAAAAUGAUCAACCAAUUUUGAGUUUUUCAGGAGAUUCUGGUUUCAAUGCACCAUUUUAUAAAUUUCUUUGGAUGGCACCAACAAUUUUAGUUGAUGGUCGUACAACAAGUACAUAUGAACAUGCUAGUUUUGAUGAAAUUUUAAAUUUUUACAAUACAACAGGUGAACAACGACAAGUUUUUGUCUAUCAUUAUGGUCUUGAAAAUGAAAAACCAACAUUUCCUAUUGCUUCUAUAUCAGCUAUAUCACCUGGUCAAAGUAUACAAUUAAUGCUACCUCAGUAA